AUGCAGAUCAACCAAUCACUCUUCCCAUCAAUGUUCUUUUUUGCUGGCCUCACUGCCUGCACCUAUGAGUUCUCUGGAACGGAUGAAACUAUUGACCCGUUUCCAAGAUCGAGCCCGCCACCACCGCCACCACCGCCAUCAGCAUUAGCUCCGGCGGCGCCAAGCUCGACGGCUUGCGUUGGCUUCAACUGUGUCGCUCGCAUUUUUGAUGUCGAUCUUAGAGCGGUGCUAUUUAGUGUGUUCGUUUUUGUGCUGAUGGCGUUCAUUAUAUAUAAGUGCUGCCGUAUGGCGGUCACCUGCUGUCGAUCAUCAUAA